UCUCUCUCUCUACUAGUUGUGCUAUCAUUUUUCCCGAGUGGUGCUUAUUUGUUUCUUGGCCUUGCAUAGAGCAGCUUAUACAUAGCAGCAGAAAGAGGAAGAGGAGGGAAAGAAGCUUGUGUGAGGCGGAAAAGAAAAACUCAUGUGUUGUUUGGCCUCUUUUGGUGGUGGUCUGAGCUUCUUUAGAUUAUUAAUGGGAAGGAGUUUCAGAAACAAACAGCUGAGCUCGUUCCCUUUGUUGUAGAGCUCUGUUUGCAUAUAUAGAUAAAGCCCAUAAAUUGGGGGAAGAAGAAUCCCGGCUUUGGGGCUGUUCGCCAAGAGAUCAUUCUGACAUCUUUGCUGAUUGUGAGCAAAACUCAGAAGCCCAGAAAGAGUUAAUAUCAGGAGGAGAGCUGCAUGAAGAAGUAGUGAAACAAUGAGAGAUGGGAACUCCAAGAAAAGCAAGCUCUCAUGGUCAAAGUCGUUGGUCAGAAAGUGGUUCAAUAUCAAGAGCAAAAAUGAAGAGUUUCAGGCAGACGAUGUUUAUGGAGGUGGUGAUGUAGAAUAUAGGAAUAGCUUCUCGGAGAGGGAACCAUGCACAAUCAAGAAGAGCAAAACAGAGAAAUUAAGCAAGAAUGCCGAGCGGGUCCGGCGAGGAAGAGUAGAUCUUGAGCAUCCUCGAGUUAUAGAUGUGCAGAAUUACAGUGUUUUUGUAGCUACGUGGAAUGUGGGUGGAAAAUCCCCACCUAGUAAUUUGAAUCUAGAUGAUUGGCUUCACGCGUCCCCUCCUGCGGACAUUUAUGUUCUCGGAUUUCAAGAGAUUGUUCCUUUGAAUGCCGGUAAUGUUCUUGGCGCAGAAGAUAAUGGGCCUGCCAAAAAAUGGCUCGCUCUCAUUCGGAGGACUCUAAACAAUCUUCCUGGAACAAGUGGCAGCAGCGGGUGCUAUACACCAUCUCCCAUACCAGAACCAAUUGUAGAAUUGAAUGCAGAUUUUGAGGGCUCAGCAAGGCAGAAGGCCUCUUCAUUCUUCCAUCGUCGAUCAUUUCAGACAACCAGCAGCUGGAGAAUGGAAAAUGAUCCUUCAAUCCCACAACCCCGCCUUGAUCGACGAUUUAGUGUUUGUGAUCGGGUAAUUUUUGGUCAUAGGCCAAGUGAUUAUGACCCCAAUUUCAGAUGGGGUAGGCCAAGUGACUAUUCCAGAUGGGGUUCGUCUGAUGAUGACUAUGGGCCUGGGGAUUCGCCAAGUACUGUAUUAUUCUCGCCAAUGUCUUAUGGUGGAUCUGCACCCAAUGAAGAUGGAUAUAGAAUGCCAGCACAUUCAAGGUACUGCUUAGUUGCAAGUAAGCAGAUGGUUGGCAUAUUUCUCACAAUAUGGGUAAGAAGUGAUUUGAGGGAUUAUGUUCGAAACAUGAAAGUAUCGUGUGUGGGCAGAGGAUUGAUGGGUUACCUUGGCAAUAAGGGAUCCAUCUCCGUCAGCAUGUUGUUGCAUGAAACGAGCUUUUGUUUCGUAUGUAGUCAUUUAACUUCAGGGCAGAAGGAGGGUGAUGAGCUGCGAAGGAACUCUGAUGUCAUGGAGAUCCUUAGGAAGACAAGAUUUCCCCGUGUUCAUGGUGUAGGUGAUGAUAAGUCCCCAGAAACAAUUCUUGAGCACGAUCGAAUAAUUUGGCUUGGAGAUUUGAAUUACAGAAUUGCCCUCACUUACCGGUCUGCUAAGGCACUUGUUGAGAUGCAGAACUGGAGGGUAUUGCUAGAGAAUGACCAGUUACGGAUAGAGCAGAGACGGGGUCGUGUUUUUGAGGGAUGGAAAGAAGGGAAGAUAUAUUUCCCACCAACAUACAAAUAUUCAACUAAUUCAGACAGAUAUGCAGGGGAUGAUAUGCACCCAAAGGAGAAACGACGAACACCCGCGUGGUGUGAUAGAAUAUUGUGGUACGGAGAAGGCCUCCAUCAGUUGUCUUAUGUCCGUGGGGAAUCUAGGUUCUCGGAUCAUCGACCAGUGUAUGCCACGUUCUGUGCUGAGGUUGAGUCAAUCCAUAGCCGAUUAAACAAAAGCAUGAGUUGCUCUAGUUCCAGGAUUGGGGUGGAUGAUAUGUUGCCAUAUGCACAUGGAUACACUGAGCUCAGUUUUUUCUGAAGGAUGAAGAAAAAUGAAUCAUGUCCGCAUUCAAGCGGGAAUUGUUUUGCAACUAAUUCAUCCUUGAAGGCUGAUGGGGACAUUCCAUUGCUCACAAACCGAGAAAGGUGUAAAUUUUUUUGUAUUUUCUGAUCUGACUUACUAAUUUCAUACGACCCCAAGUCGGCAUACCUUUUAUCACCAUAUCAUUGUUAGCGAAUAAAAUACCCGUUCGGAGUGCAAUUUUGUUACCAGAUUAACAACACCCACCUAUGUGGCAUCUCUAACUUCCUCACAAGCAUUUCCAGUCCUGAAAAAGAAAUCAGGAUGAAAUUGCGUCAUCGAAAACUGCUUAGUGGGUAAUUGAGGAUUAUUUUAUUCAAGAUUCUUUAUUUGUUCAGGGAAUAUUUUUAGUGACUCAAGAGAUGAUGAAAGAUGGUCAAAAUAAUCAUUGGGGUUGCUUCCUUUUUGUUUUAAAUGAAAAAGAGAAAGGUGUACAAAACUAAUAUGGAUGAAUACUCAAAACACAAGGAAUUAUAAAAUUUGAAGUUUGGGAUACACACAUGAAGGGUCUUUGCUUUGUCUGUUGCUUCUAAUGAUUUUACUGAAAAAGGGGCUAUUCAUGAUAAUCUCCCAUCUCCACUGUUGGCUUUUUCUUUUUCUGUGAGGCUACAAGUAAAGCACAGGACAAUUUUUGUGGACAGCUUCUUUUACAGGUCUGCUGGUUGUAUUUGGGAAGCCGUGACACAGGACUGCUCUUCUGGACAUAUCUUUUUGUGUGUGAAUACUUUUGCUGUUCUUGACAUUUGCCUUUGCUUCCAGCAAUAAAUUUUAGUUUUUGUGUCAAA